AUGCCUCGCCCUGCGCCUAAACGAAAUCGAUCCACCAAGGCCAAGGCCAAUGUCGGCGCCGACAUCGAACCGCGCGACCCCGAUGUGGACGCGUCAAAAUCUCCCGAACGCGGCUCUACCGACCCUCGAGCCCUACGCAGCCAGACACCCUUGUCCAAGAAUUAUGAGCAAGCGAUUGAGUCGUCGCCUGGUGACCAACCGGGUACAGGCAGUCGCCCUGGCACCGGUAGUCGGCCUCCCACCAGAUCUCGCGGAUACUCAUCUACGCUUUCUCUUGCUGGGCGCAACGGUGAUAUAAGCUCGCGCGUGCCCGGUACGCCAGGUUACGAGAGUUCGGUAUUGAGCAACUUCCGACGCCGCCCGCGACAGCAGAGUAUUCUCCAGAUGAUGCAGGCGGAGGAUGGCUCUUCUGACCUCGAUGAUGACGACUUCCUAGGCAGCCUCAGCCCUCAGGAUGAGUCUACGCCGCUGAAUAUUUCCAGAGGCAAAUCCUUACUCGGCAGACCAGCUGAAGACUCACCGUCAGAUUCGCCUCCGUCCUCGGCCGGAUCGCGCAAGCGUAAGCGCGGCGUGGACAUCCAAGUGUCUGGGUCACCUACCGCCCAAGAGAUGGUCGAGGAUACUCCAAAUGCGACGCCAGUUGCCCAUGACCAAUUGUCGCAUAUCUCAGAAGCGACACCCCAGCCAUUGCAAUUCCCAGAGGUAUUCAGUCAGACCAUGGCACCCCCUGACAGCAGCCCUAUGGGCUCUGUCGCCCCUCAGUCACCAGUUGUCGUUGCCCAAAUCAACUCCGAACCCAAUAAGUCCAAAAAUCCGACUCAUCUCUCAACAGCAGCACUACAAAGCAGACUUCUACCGCGACGUCGGCAGCGUCAACGCAAACGCCAUCCAGUUGGCGGAUCCGAAGAUCCCAUUGAAAGUGAUGAAGAGAUGCAUGAUGCUGCAUCUGGCGAUGAAGAUGAGCUAAGCUACCUACCUGCAAGACGUUCACGGCGAGGACAGUCUGAAAAGCGCAAGCCUCUUGGCAACACGCGAGAAAAAUCCAAGCUCAACAAUCAGAAACAAAAGAAGAGCAAGCUCAAGUCGGCCCCAGUCCCCAAAUCGUCAGGGUCGCAGACGCCGGUCACAUAUUCGCGUGCGCGCCAAGGCGGAGGAGUCGACAAGGAAAAUCAAUUGCUAUUAUCGUCACCCUCCUCGUCGCCCUUAUCAUCACCCCCUGACUCAGACGCGCCGGAUUCUGAAGGAGAGACCCAGCCAACGCGACGGUAUGUGAGUGACGAGCUACGUGCCGCAGCCAAGAAGUUUGCCGAGGUCGAUAAGUGGAAGAUGGAGUUCGAAGAAGUCUCUGCAUCGGAGACCCAGGGUAGUCCGGUCCGUUGA